AUGUCUGCUAUUCCUCACUUGCAGAAGCAACUGCGGGAGCUCACGACAAGCCCCCCUGCUGGUUUCCGCGUUGAAUCGGAGGAUCUCUUCACUUGGACUGUUUGGUUUGCUGGCCCGGAGGGCACGCCGUAUGCCCCGGGAAUCUACAGGGCGGAGCUUCGCUUCCCAAAGGAAUUUCCGAUGGAACCCCCGAUGUUUAAAGUUCUUUCCUCCUUUUGGCACCCCAACGUGUACGCGGAUGGCAAGGUGUGCAUCUCCAUCCUUCACCCGCCCGGCGAGGACGAGAUGAACAAGGAAGAGACGGCCAUGAUGCGCUGGACCCCGAUUCAGACGAUUAGUUCAGUUCUUUUGUCAGUUGUUUCGCUUCUCAGUGACCCUGAUCCAAAGGACGCGGGCGCCCCUGCAAACGUUUCAGCGUUGGUUCAGUAUCGCAAAGACCGCGCAGCAUUCAACUCUUACUGUCAUCAGCUAGCGCAGAAGUCGCUGUCAGAGCUUCCGCCGAAUUUUAUUCCUCCCCAGAAGGAAGAUCGUGUGGAACGUACUGUGAAUUACGUCUCUACUGUGGAAAUGGAUUAUGAGGACGAUUCUGAGACGGAUACGCGCAGUGCUUCCAAUCGCUUUGGCGACGAGUUACGCCAGCUCCGGGAGAUGGGUGUUGCGCCGGAGAAGUCGGAUGCUGAACUACUUGGCUUGCUUGUCGAGGUGAGGGGUGACGUGGCCACGCUGAUGGAACGGUUUAUGUGA